AUGAGGACCCUCGCCCUCCUCGCUGCUCUUCUCCUCUUGGUCUUCCAUGCCCAGGCUCAGCCCCUGGGAGAGAAAGAUGACCAGGUUCCUGCCCAGGACCAGCCUGGGGCCGACAUCCAGGGGAUGACCAUCUCCAUUGAGGGAGAUGAGCAUUCCACUCCAGAUGCUUCAGGCUCUAAGGGAAAAGUUUUCUGUCACUGCAGUCACUCCUGCCAAAGGCCUUAUAAGCCAAGUGGGUCCUGUAACCUUGGUAUCAACAACAGGUUUUGCUGUUAUCAUGGCUGA